GCACUUGGCCACAGCACCAGUGACAGACAGAUCAUAUGGCCACAAGCACGGUAGCGUGCUCUUGCAACACCAAUUUGUCUGCAUGUUUGUGGGAUCGCUAUCUGGUGGGUCGUUUUGUUUUGUCAAUAUCUGUGUGCCUCUGUGCUCUGCUCCACGCUUAAGCCUUGCGUGCUCUGGAAUGCUGGAUGCUCCACGUUCAUGCCAAGCCCUUGGAAAAAUUCUUGUGUUGCAAAGAGUGCCUGCCUUAGGUUGCAGGGAUGGUAUGUAACUCUGCUUUUCCCUGGCAUAACUCUGUAUUUUGUUUGUGUAAAUCGGAUGGGAGGGAAAUCUUCAGCAGCAGCAGCAGUAGGUUGGAGAGGGCUCUGUCUGCUGGACGUUGACCCAGGCCGGCCCACGCAUCGUCGUCAUCUUAUCAUCAGAGAGCAAGGCAGCCACUCAAAAACUCUGCUGGCUGCUGCCCUUCCCUCCACCACAACCUCCGUCCUCUCAGCACUCCCUCCAUCUUCUUCUUCGAUUUUCUCCACUCAACUCCUCCACAGCCACAGAGCUAGCUAGAGCAUGGGGUGCUGGGGCUCCAAGGCCAGCGCGGACGUCGCCGUGGCCGACGUCUACCGCCCGCCGCCCACCAGCGUCUCCCUCUUCGACAUCAGCGCCGUCGAGGAGCCCUGGCACAUCGCCAAGAACAAAGCCGGCGAUGAGGAAGAAGACGAGGAGGAGGAGGAAGAAGAAACUGAUGACGACGCCGACGAUGAGGACGAGGAGAAGCCCGCUGCCAAGACCGUCUUGCCGCUCCCGUUCCUGGACAAGCUCGAGGGCUACGAGCUCGCCCCGGCCUCGUGGUCCGAGGUUAGCAAGGCCCUGGAGGACAUGAAGCCCGUGCUGGAUUCCAAGCAGGCCAACACCAAGCCACGGGCUCCUCCCAAGAAGAAGAAGAAGAAGAAGACGGCCAUGAAGAAGAAGGAAGAAGAAGAACCAGCAGCUGCUGCUGCUGGUGGUGAUGCCGCGGACGAGGAGGCUGGCAAGAAGGCGCCGCCGCCGCCGCCGCCCGCUGGCCUUAUUGGCAACGUCGUAGAGCCAGAGUGCACGAAGACCGCGCUGCCGGAGCUGGCGGGGCGGCGCGUGGUGAAGGACAACCCCUUCCUGAUGCGCGACCGCGAGAGCACGGGCAGCGCGCCGAGGUGGAAGCGGCGUGACCCGUUCGAGGGCUGCCCCGAGCGGCGGCCGCCGGGCCUCGCUGGCGGCGGGGUGGUGCUGUACACGACGACGCUCCACGGCGUGCGGCGCACCUUCGAGGACUGCGAGCGCGCGCGGGAGUUGGUGGAGGCCUGCGCGGAGGCGUCGGGCGUCGGGGCGGUGGAUGAGCGCGACGUGUCGCUGCACGGGGAGUACCUCCGCGAGCUGCGGGAGCUGACCGGCGAUGGCGCGUCGGCGCCGCCGCGGCUGUUCGUGAUGGGUCGGUACGUGGGCGGCGCGGAGGAGUGCGUGAAGCUGGCCGAGUCCGGGAAGCUGAGGGAGAUGAUGCGGUGGGUGAAGGCGCGCGGCGAGGCGUGCGCGGCCAAGGACGGGCGCGGCUGCGAGGGCUGCGGCGGCGCGCGCUUCGUGCCGUGCUGGGAGUGCGGCGGCAGCCGCAAGGUGGUGGUGGCGGAGGGAGGCGGCGAGGUGGAGAGGUGCGCCAAGUGCAACGAGAACGGACUCAUGCUGUGCCCACUCUGCCACUGAAUCACCACUCUUUCUGCAAUGUAACCGAUAUGCUUAUAUAUUAGCUUGCAUUGCAUCGAUCCCUUAGCUUUUAUUCAUUCCAGAGAUUUGAACGUACACAUGUGUACAUAUAGUAGCAUCCCCUGUAUAUGUAUAUUGUACACGCAUGAUGAGAUGAUUCUUUGUUCAUAGUGCAUGCCAUGCGAGUGUAAAA